AAAGUCGUUUGCAACUUAUGUUUUGUAUAAUUACAGGUUUCACGAUGAAGUAAAAUACCAACAGCGGCUUGACCUACUUUUUAGUUUUGCAAAUGGCGACUUGAUAGGCGCGCGACAUUUGAAUCAGUAACAUCUCAAGCGGAGAAAUAUUGACAAAACCUUCAUUGGUGUUACUCAGGUUGGUUGAUGUUGGCUAUGGGUCAAUGGGAAAAGUGCAUAAGAAACAUUCAUCAUAUGUGAAUCCAAUCUCAUCAAAAGAAGACGAGAAAAAGAAACAAAGAGAAUCAAUUCUUGCAGUUUUUCGCAGACAUUUCCAAGCAGCGGGCCAUGCAGUAAAUACAAGUCAUCCUGACAUCACAGGUAUCACAGAUGUGACAAAACCAAAACAGUUCAUCACGUUGUGCCACUCAUCAGAUGCUAGUGACUCCAGUAUGGGCAGUCAGGAUGAAAUACUUCAACGUAAACGAAGGAGAAAGACAAGGGCUGAAAGAAACAAAACAAGAUCUAAAUCAGUUUCAAGCAAGAAUGACUCAGAUAGUAAAGCUGAUGUCAACAAGCACUUAAAAACUGCACACAACAUAUCUUAUCCAUUGAGAUCCAAAGGGCUAAGCCAGAGAGAUGACAGUUUCAAUGUUAUUACACAAGGCAGAUUAACAAAGCGACUUGGAUUGUUCAACAAGAGCAAGAAAUCAGAGACAAUAUCUCGAAAACCAAUUGAGCUGACAGAAUCUACAAAGAAGGAAACUGAAGACGACUUGAAGAAGAUAUUAAACAUUCCCCCUGAUGACAGCUCUGAUGUCCCCAUGGAGGUUGAUGCACAGGCAGUCUGUAGUGAACGUACAGUCGUGUCUUCUGGCCAUUCAGCAGCAGUCUUGUACCAGCCUGUUUCUAGUAAGAAGAUCACACCAGUCUCCACUCUUACACAGGGCAAACCUCAUACUAUCAGCUCCACAUCCACAGGGAUCUCCACAUGUCCCAACUCAAUGGAGCUGGACAAUAUGCCUGAGAUUCUGCCUAUGCAAGACAUAGUCCAAGAAUUAUCGCAAAAGCUCCAAGAUCACAAGAUAUUCCGAGGAAUUUACACAGUCAGAGAAAUAUGUGAUGAUCUCAACAAACAGAUGAAACACAAUGCCCUGAGAACCAUGACACCUUGCUCCACCCGACUUCGGACGUGUGUGUUGUCAAGUGGUGGCAGUGUUUGCAGAUCACUAGCAGACAGCUUCACCCCUAAGUGUAAAGAGAAUCCUCUUACACCUCACUCAGGUGGAAAGGAAACCAUGUCAAGUGGACCAGCUUGGGCCCACCUAAACAGAGAAGCUUCCUCCUGUGUGUGUGAGAAAGUGGAUGGGUGUGGACAAAGUCAAGCCUCUAUAGCAUCACAUCAACAUCAGCCUGGACACAGCUCUCUGGAGGACAUCCUACGUGGUACUCAUCCAUGCAACAAACCUACAUCUGUUCGAGAUCUGGCCCUCCUAGCUCAGCAUACAAGUCUGAGGUCUCAUGCUGGGAUAUGUGGUGCUUCAGACACAGCAUCCAUGAAUGCUAUUGACCUUCUUAAACAUAAUGACAACUUAUGCUUGAAGAGGGAAAUAAGUUGUACUGUAACAAACCCUAACCAGAUCAAACAGCAACCGCUGACUGCUUUAAAUCUUCUGGCACAAAAUGACAAAGCUUUAGCAUCUAGAAAACAUAGCAGCUUCUCAAGCCUGUCAAACAAAGAAAACUGUAACAUAGUGAUGGCUGAGGUGCUUCCCAGUAGAGAUGUUUUGAGUCAGAAUUCAAAUUCUCAGUCAUCAGGUUUUCAUAGCCAUCAUUCCAGCGAGAAGGUUAUGCCAUCAGGAAGACAUCCAAUUUUUGAUCAGUUGCUGAAAGGACUGGAACCUUCCCACACAGAGGUUCCGAGACACAGUCCACUAGAUACUAUAGAUUCUUCAGCUCUUCUGGAGAUCACAAGUGGCCAAGAUGAUCGGCAUAAGGCUGUUAUUGCUGAGUAUCAAGAGGAACCCCAGUACAUGCCUCGAUUCCACGGUGACUUCUACAAGGACUCUCUCUGGUUUGAGAAGACCAUCUUGUCAAGUAUAGAACAAGGAUCAGAUGUAAGACUUCAAACUGACAUCAUGGAAACUGAUACUAAUUCCAUGGAUAUCUUGGAGUACCUUGACCGAGGCAAUGAGGACUUGCCAUCAGCCUUUCCCCUCAGCAGUCAGUCCAACAGACGGUCAUCUGACUGGUCAAGCAAUACUGACCCGAUACGCCCUGCCAAAACCCAUGUCACCAGAUUCGCCGCAGAUGUUUCCCAGAAGAUUAUACUAAUGAAUACAUUACAAUGUACUCUCUGACCACCAUCUUCAUUGACCAAUGUAUUCAUCAAGCAGUGUCUGGUCACCUUGGAUGUUUUUGAGGAAUGGACACCACAGGCAUUAUCCUCACUCUACUGACCGGUGUAAAAACUCAAGCAACUGCCACCAAACAAAUCCAGGAUUCAACACAUAUAUUUGCCCAUGGGAUAAAAUACCAGUAAAUAUAAAUCAGGACAUGAUAUUCUGUCUCAUUGAGCUUUUAGAUGACACUACUCCUGUGCCUGUCAAAAAGAUAUUUGUGGAACCUUGACUUCACUGCGAUCUGGCUUAGUCAUCCUGACUUCAGGUGUCUGAGGACAAUGUUUUACAUAACUGGACCAAAGCUGUCUUGUUUAUCACAUUACCACUGUUUUCUUGAAGCAUGUGUUACAUGACCCACAUUCAACUAACUUCACAUGGUAUAAGAUAUGUUAGAUACAGACGUCACCGUUGUUGCCAUGGAGAUUGUUGAAAUACUGAUUGACGCCUUUAUUCAUAGACGUAUCGUGUCAUGUGCUGUCUGUAUUUUUCUGUUUGACAUAGGAAUGGCAAUUUGAUUGUCUGAAUACCCUGAAUAUUUAUAUAUUACAUAUUACAUGUAUAUACAUAAUGCAUUAUUUCAUAUGUAUAUAGUCAUUGUUAAGUUUCCAAUUUUAUGAAAGAGAAGGCAUCUGUGAUAAAUGCUUAGUGGAAUGUGUUUAAUCAACAUGUAUGACAUGUUUAUUCAACAAGUUUGUACAUUAUCAUCAGUGAUAACACUUCUUUUUUACAGACCGCCGCCAUAUAGCUGGAAUAUUGCUAAGUGUGGCAUAAAACUAAACUCAUUCACUCACUCUGACACUUGAUUGCUUUUUACAGAGACCAUACACCUAUCGGUAUACAUAUCGGCAUGUAUGGUCUCUGCCUUUUACAUCAAACUUGGGGAGAUAACUCCUGUGGAUGACGAUUUGGUGGACCACAAGGAAGAAAGACAACAUGGUCGCUUGGACUUGGAAAAUUAUAUUUUAAAUCUAAAUAAACUGGGGCAAGUUUCAAGAAAAAGGCAAUCAAGUGUUAGAGGGACGUAUUCGUAAUAAUAAUAAGUAAAGGGCGUGAAUAUACAAUUUGUGUCCAAUACUAUUCAGGGUGUCACAGUUCACGAUCGUACAGAUUCGUCAUGAUAAAUCUGACCAUGUUACAGUGUGACAGAUGUCUGUUCUGCUGCUCUGUCACAACUGAUCAAAGGUCAUUGAACUUUGCUGUUUGCUCACACUGGGUGAUCAGGUUUAUCAACUAAAAAUGUA